AUGUCGGCGCCAUUGGAUGCAACAAAGCUGCGCGUGACCCGAACCCAGAACCCGUCGGAGCCGGCGAAUCCAGAGAUUCUUGCAUUUGGCAAUGUCUUCACUGACCAUAUGCUGCAGGUGGAAUGGACUGCGGCGCAUGGGUGGCAUGAACCCGAGAUUGUCCCCUAUGGAAAGCUCAAUAUCGACCCCUCUGCGGGGGCGCUGAAUUAUGCCGUAGAGUGCUUCGAAGGAAUGAAGGCAUACAGGGAUGCCCAGGGUAUGGCGCGACUCUUCAGGCCGGAGGUUAACAUUGCUCGGUUCAAUCGAUCAGCAGCUCGCGUCAUUGCAUCUCCCGUCGGCUCCUACUAUAAGAAAGGCGUGAAAGCGCUUACGCUAGAAGCGACACCUAGCUCGGAUUGGGUACGUGCGUGGCCGGGAGGAAGCGGAAGCUACAAGGUCGGGGCGAACUAUGGACCGUGCAUGAUGGCGGAGGUCGAGGUUAAGAAGCGCGGGUCAGACCAAGUCCUGUGGCUGUUCGGAGAUGACCAGCUCGUGACUGAAGCUGGCACAAUGAAUCUGUUCAUUGUUCUCCGAAGGCCGGACCUGGGAGGACGUCGCGAACUUCUGACGCCGCCAUUAGAUGGGACCAUUCUGCCCGGGGUCAACCGGGACUGUGUGCUGCAGUUGGCGCGUGAAAAGCUAGAGGGCCCAGAUUUUGUCGUCCAAGAGCGGAGUAUCACAAUGAAAGAGCUGGCGGCUGCUGGCCAGGCUGGUAAUGUAGAGGAGGUCUUUGGCGCGGGGACCGCUGCGAUUGUCUGUCCGAUUGGGUCCAUUCGCUGGGCAGGGCAAACUAUCGACUGCGGCCUAUCCCCUGAACGUAAGAUUGGUGAAGUGGCCGGGAAAAUGAAGGAUUGGAUCGAAGCUCGACAGUAUGGAGAAGAUGAGCAUGAGUGGAGUGUGGUGGUUUGUCCAGCCGCCUAA